UCUGCUACGUCCGCUGUCAAAAUUACUUGUUCACGCGUAUGUAUGUAUGUAUGUACGUAAUACAUAUGUGUGUAAUUAGUAAAAGUAAAGUCAUCGCAUAAAUAAAGCAGCGAAUGCUACAUAAAAUGGUUAUUUGAAGUAAUAUUUUACUGCAUUACAUGUUAAAUAUGCGAUAUUAACGAAUAAGAAACCUUUGCGUAGCGGCUCUUUCGUACAGCUUUUACUUUACAACUUUUAAAUAUGUUUUAAAAGAAAAGAUGCCGUCUGAAACAAAUGCUAUGGACAGUAUUUCUAAGCAAGAGGAGGAUGCUGAAAAAUCUAAUGAACAAUCUGUUACAUUAAUGACAUUAAAUUCUACAAGUCAAGAAUCAAGUAUAACUACAAAACAAGUAGAUGCUGAUCUAGCAAAUGCUGUUAAUAGUGACAAAGUAUCCACAUCGGAUCAUAUUAAAAUUAAGUUUUUAAAUUCAACUGGAGAUGCACUUUCAUCUACUAGCUCUAUAACUACAAAUGAUUUACUCGAGAAUAUAUGUCUCCAAGCUCAAACAACAGAUUCAAAUAAUGAUAAUAAAAAUAUACCUUCAAAAACUAAUUCUGAUUCAGUAUUGCUUAAAGAAACCGAGGAAAAUAAUGAUGCAAGUACUACAUCCAAUGAUAUAAUAGAAAACUCUAGUCAAAAAUCAAUUUUUCUUGGUCAUAAAAAUCUAACUAGAAAGAAAUGUUUGUUAGCAGAGAACAUUCCUGAAAUUUCUAACACUUCAGAAUUAACAAUGUGUCCUGACAAUUUCUUAGAUGGGAAAGCUUAUAGUCAUGAAAAAAGUCACAAUAUUGUUGAUAUAGAAAAUGACUGUGAACCAAUGGCAGAAAAUUUAUGUAAUAACAAUGAUGAUGAUGAUAAUGAUGAUGCAUCAACCACUAAGCACAAAGUAAUUGAAGAAACAACACUUUUGCAUACAUGCAAACAGUUGUCAUUAGGAGAUAAUGAUUCUGCUACAAAUUAUAACAGUCUUACAAAUAUGUUAUUAAGAAUGCCUAGCGAUAAUACGAAAGAUCCCAGCAUUGAUUGUGACACUAACUUAUCAACAAGUGAAUUAACAUCUUUGCCUUCAGGUGCAUCUAAAAAAUUAUCAAAUUUGCAAAGUGCUUCAUCAACCUCGACGCAUUACAAUGACACAAUUGAUUCAAAAAUAUUUAUAAAUCCAUUAAAGAAUAAUAAUAAGAAUUCACUUGAAAAUGUAAUUGAUGCAAAUGAAUUACCUGUUUCAUCUGAACUUGUUUGUAAGGAAUCAGCAAUAUUGCAAAGAUGUAAUUCCUCGUGUUGCAAUGAUUCUGCAAGCACAAGUAAGCCAUUUAAACUGCCAAUUUUAGAAAAGAUGUCUAAAACUGCCAAUAUUCAGCAACCAGAAGUCGAGGAAAAUGCAGUAGCGCUUGCAGAGUCAUCAUUCAGCGAACAAAACCAAUUGGAAGUAGUUCGUUGUCUAGAUUUGGAACCUCGUUCGUCGAAUAGUAGCGAAGAAAGUAAUUCGGAUAUAGAAUCCCAGCAUGCAAGUACAAGUCAUGACGAUAUUAAAAAAAGACAAUGCAGACCUAAUGGAGUUGUAACGAAGGAAGGAGUGGAAUAUUAUCAGCUAUGGCGUAGCACGGGUGGCCACUCGUCUCCUGAAUCUUUGUAUGAAACUUUGUACCCAAUGCCACCGCCGCUUCCACCAAGAGCAGCGCAUCGACCAUUGCACAGAAGUAACGCUUUACCAAGUGGGGCACCAGAAUUACCUAAACGACAUCCUCAGAGGCAUCCUACACCAUUGCAUCCUGAGGAUUGUUUUGGAUUUGAGAUUGUAGACGUUGACGAAGCUUCGAAUCUUAAGUUAAGGACAGCAGUUACAAAAAGUAUCGCGUUAUUGAGCUCUCCGAGGUCGCACAGACAACGAGAAAGGCCAGAAUCGGCACUGCCUCAAUUAGAGUGUCCGCCUACGCCGACACAUCGACCCAAACCUUUAUGUCCGUUGCCUGUAUGCCAAACAUCAAAUGUAUCUUUAUCAUCGGAAGAACCUCUGCCUCCAUCAUGGGAAGCGAGGAUAGACAGUCAUGGUCGAGUAUUUUAUAUAGAUCAUAUUAAUCGUACUACGACGUGGCAGAGACCAAAUUUGACAACACGUAACACCGGUUGUGAUCUACGAAGACAACAGUUGGACAGGCGUUAUCAAAGUGUACGACGAACUAUUUCACGUCCCGAUAACAUAGAUCGCGAAGUCAGCAAUUCAAACGGCAAUCCUUUUGAGAAUACCGAGCGACAGAAUGAUACCCGGACCGACAGGAACGAAUGCGAACCAUUUGACAUCACCACAAUACCACCAGUAUUAUUUUUAACACGGCCCGACUUUUUUACCGUCUUGCAUACCAAUGCAGACGCUAUGGAGCUAUACAAUCGUAAUCCAAGUCUGAAACACAUGAUUAGCAGAGUUAGAAGAGAUCCGAUAGUUUUUCCAAGAUACGAACACAAUAGGGAUUUAGUCGCCUUAAUUAAUUUCUUUGCCGAUCCAAGCAAGGAACUCCCAAGAGGGUACGAAUCAAAGCUCGACAGGACGGGUAAAAGAUUUUUCAUAUGUCAUGCUAGAAAAGCUACGUCUUUCAUUGAUCCACGGUUACCUACGGAAGCCGCUCAUGCACGUACGUUAUUAGAUGAAGCUCCCAUUCCACCGCCUAGACCACAGCAAGCAUCUGUAACUGCUACUCCCGACAUACCCGUAGCCUACAACGACAAAGUAGUCGCUUUUCUACGUCAGCCUAAUAUAAUGGAUAUUCUAAAGGAAAGACAUUCCGCAUUAGGACAGAAUAUUGCGCUUCGUGAAAAGGUUAAUACUAUAAGGGUCGAAGGGACUGCAGCGUUACAAAGAUGGGGUCAUGAUGUCCCUUUAGCAUUAUUGCUAAGUUUGUUCGAGCAAGAAAUAAUGUCGUAUGUACCUGGUAGUAUGGGUAGAUCACCACUUGGCAGUCCACAUGCAUCACCUGGACUAACAAGAGCUUCCGCUAGAGCUCCAGCGCCAUACAGAAGAGACUUUGAAGCAAAGCUUCGAACAUUUUACCGAAAAUUAGAAAGCAAGGGUUACGGGCAAGGACCGGGUAAAUUAAAAUUACACAUCAGGAGAGAACAUUUACUCGAAGAUGCUUUCACGCGCAUAAUGGCCGCAUCGAAAAAGGAUUUGCAGAAAGGUAAACUGGUAGUGAUUUUUGAUCACGAAGAAGGGCUGGAUUACGGCGGACCGUCCCGAGAAUUUUUCUUCCAUCUAUCGCGCGAGCUAUUCAAUCCUUAUUACGGAUUGUUUGAAUAUUCAGCCAACGAUACUUAUACGGUGCAAAUCUCGCCAAUGUCAGCUUUCGUAGACAAUUAUCACGAUUGGUUCAGAUUUUCUGGCAGAGUUUUGGGCUUGGCAUUAGUCCAUCAGUAUCUACUCGAUGCAUUCUUCACGAGACCGUUUUAUAAGGCGCUUUUAAGGAUAUCGGCGAGUUUGAGCGAUUUGGAAAGUUUGGAUCAAGAAUUUCAUCAAAGUCUAAUGUGGAUCAAGGAAAAGGAUAUAAGUAUCGAGCCGUUAGAAUUAACAUUUUCAGUAACGGAGGAACUUUUGGGACGAGUCGCCGAGCGCGAAUUGAAACCAGGUGGGAGAAAUAUCGCAGUCACCGAAAAGAAUAAAAAGGAGUAUCUCGAGAGAGUAGUACGUUGGCGUCUUGAACGCGGUGUCGCGGAACAAACAGAAUCACUGGUUCGUGGCUUUUACGAAGUGGUGGAUCCGCGUUUAGUGUCUGUUUUCGACGCUCGCGAAUUGGAGCUGGUUAUCGCGGGUGCUGCUGAAAUCGAUCUUAACGAUUGGCGAACGCAUACCGAAUAUAGAAGCGGUUAUCACGACGCGCAUCCAGUGGUGGAGUGGUUCUGGAGCAGCAUAAGUCGAUUUACCAACGAACAACGUUUAAGAUUACUGCAAUUUGUUACCGGCACUUCGAGUAUACCUUACGAGGGAUUCGCGGCUUUGCGAGGAUCCACGGGACCGAGAAAAUUCUGCAUCGAAAAAUGGGGCAGGCCAAACAGUUUACCAAGGGCUCAUACAUGUUUUAAUCGCUUGGAUCUUCCACCUUAUCCUACACCCGAGAUUUUAUACGAAAAGUUGCUGUUGGCAGUGGAGGAGACAAAUACAUUUGGUAUAGAAUAAAGUUUAAAGACGAAUUGGAUUUAUAAUUAUAAAAAAAUUGUACAGUCGAUAGAACGUGUAUUCUUUUGCACUUUGUGCUGGAAGAUUUUGUAUAGGCCUAACAGCUUACAAGAGUUGUAUCAUUACACCAACUCGCUUUAUUCACAUUGAUUAUAAGAUGUAAAUAAUUAAACAAUUUGCAAUCUUUCAGAAUUUUCGGUCAAAAAUGUAAUAUUCAUGUGUGCGAAAAAUUGAACAUUUUUUUGAAGAAAAACUUCAACUUUUUUUUACGACUACUGUUGACCUUAGAAGUUUGCACUCUUGUUGAUGCAAUCGUUAAGUAUAUAGAGAUCUCGUAAAUUUCACAUAUUCUCUUCUUCCGCUUUAUUAUCAUGUUAGAGCAGGAGAAAGCACUAUUUCAUUCUCUAUUUCUCUUUCCUUUUCUCUUUCAGUUUUUUUAAGAAAGGCAUAUAUAUUGGAGUAUUGAUCAUUUUUAGAAAACGUCUCAAUUUAUAAUCAAAAAUAAAUCGUACAUUAAUUUUAAUAACAAUAACGUAUUUUAAAGAUCAUUAUAUUUCUUCAAAGUGAGCUUCUAUGGUUAAAGAAAUCAAUUUAGAUAAAUAUAAUAGAAAAUGUAUGCUGCUGUUGCCAUUACUAUUAUCGCUCUUGCUGAGACUACUAUUGCUACUAAUUAUUGAGACAACUAUUAAUAUUACUUAUAUACUAUUACUACUACUAUUACUGUCACUAAUACUGUGUGCUAAUCAUGAUUAUUAUUUUUAUCAUUAGUAUUAUAAUUAUUGUUUUUGCUUACAGUCGCGCGGAUCUCGAUAUGGCGAUAGAUGUAAUAUUAAAUUGAUUAUAAUAGUACAUCGGUGUUUAUUUAUAGCGUUAUUAGUCGAGUUUCAUACCAUGCAUGCAUUAAUAAACCAAGCAAAACUUAAUUUUGCUACAAGGCUAUCCAUAUUUCUACUAUCAUUAUUUCGUAUGUAGUAUGUACAUCGAGAUCCGAGUAUGCUGUUGGUACAAUUUUUAAUUAUAUGACCAUCACCUGUUUCUAGUCUACGAGUUAAAAUUUUAUGUGCAGCUGCCUUUUAAUAUAUGUUUUAACAUUCCGAAGAUUCUUGUUAGUCAUAUUUAAAAGAGUUUAUAGAGCAAAUGUUUAUGCAAAAUAUAAAUAUCACAUUUGCAAGUUGACUGUUUCAAGCUGUUAAAAACUCACAAAAAAGAAGCACUUUUAUCUUAUUUUUACUUUCUGCGCUUAGAUACAAGAUGAUGUAUAGAUUCUUUUGACAACUUUUGCACAUAGUAAAACAGAUGACAUUAAGAAAUAUCACAA